AAGUCUGUUUAAUAGAUCAACCACUUACACAAAGCUGGAGUAUACUUUCUUACCGAUGGAGUAAUGCAAACAUGUUCCCAAGAUGGCAGCCGCUUUGCGCAUGCGCAUAUGGCAUUGUUGCCGCUAACAUUUGCCACACAGUAGUCAGAUUCAUGAAAAAAUACAUUAUUUAAUUCAGUUGAAUACUCUGACGUCCAAAAACCCUUAGCAAAAUUUUAUUUGACAUUUCUUGACCUGUAUUUAUGUUUAUUGUGCUGUAGUUUAUUUAUUGUAGCGGUCCCAAAAGUAGCUCCGCUCCAAAAGGGGGCGCUGAGCAAACGCAAUGAGCGCAAAUGAGCUUCAAGCCAACGAGAAGAAGCGCACCAGCAUUCAAAACAAUACUUUAGCGGAAGUAUCGUUCUGUUCGCACCAACAUGUCGAAAAGGAGCCCCGAUAAAGACGAUCGAACGGCGACUAGCACAAAGAACAUCUCCCUCCCCGUUUCCAGAGUGCGGCUGAUCAUGAAGAGCUCGCCGGAUGUGUGUAACAUUAACCAGGACGCUCUUUUCCUCACCACCAAGGCAACGGAGCUGUUUGUGCAGCACUUGGCGCUGUGCUCCUUCAACCAUGGCCUCGGCAAGGAGAGCAACAGCCUGUCGUACAGCGACCUAGCUAACACUGCGGAGGAGACGGAGACCUUCCACUUCCUGACAGAUAUCCUACCCAAGAAGAUCCUGGCUCGGGAUUACCUCAGGUCUUUGGAGGAGAUGCAACAGGAAGAAGAAGCCGCUGACUUCUAAACAAGUCAAUAAAAAAAAAAAGACUGAAGUGUUGACUAGCAGCGGUUAGCCAUCAAAGCCAGAGAGGAGAACUUCUAUGGCUGGGACACAAAUCUAAUGCUAGCUCUUCAUCUUGAUCUUCUUCAAAGAUUUGAAAUGUGGACGUCAACCUGGCAUUUUAGUCUUGGACAGAAACGGCGCUUUGUUCAGUCGCUCAUUAAACUGGAAUCUUUUCACUGCUUGCCAACGACGCUGCCUGGAGACUUUAUUGGAGUAGUCAGGCUGUACAGGAUGUUAGCAUAUCAUGCUUAUGGGGGGGGUGGCAGGGGGUGUACGAGGACACUGUUGUCAUGCUGUCAUGUGAUCAGUUUGUUGAGUCUUGUCUGCAUGGCCAGCAGACUCUCCUCCAGCGUGGACAAACGUCUCUCCAGGGUGGCCGCCGUCAGCUCCCGGGCGUACCCCGCCUUCCUGGUGUGGGCCAUCCGCUCCUUCAAGCUGCACGGGGAACGCCACCGUCCGUCAAUCAUCCAUCAAUCGUGUAAAAAGAUUUUGAUCGUGUAUAUAUAGAUAAUAUCAGAUGUUUGUUACGCGCUAACGAUGGAUCUGCGCGAUCGAUCGAUAGCGCUGCGCCUGAGAUGGAUCCAUUGUUAGCGCAUAAAUCGAUCGAUUUCUGCACUCACGAUGGAUUACUGCGUCCGGGAUGGAUGUAUGUAGUUUGUUUAGAUGCCAACAGAUGGCAGCGCUGAGCGUUGUUACAAGAAUCAAGAAGUGGAUGCAUGCAAAUUUCAAAUCUUUGAUUAAUUGUCAAGCAGUUCACUUUGUUACCGUUCUCGGCGAGGGGAGUGUGACCCCUAACCCCUAACCCCUAACCCUAACCCCUAACCCCUAACCCUAACCCUGUCAUUGUAUGCAAUUAACAGAUCAACGAUUGUCAUUAUAUAGUCAGUGCAGUGUCAAAGCAUCGGUCUCCAGCGCUAAGGCACUUAUAGCCAUCGUGAGCGCAGAAAUCGAUCGAUUAGUGCGCUAACGAUGGAUCCGUCUCGGGCUCAGCGCUAUCGAUCGAUCGCACAGAUCCAUCGUUCGUGCGUAAUAUUUAUUCCUGUAACUUUGGUGUGUUCAUAUUUAGACUUUAUUGUCCUAAAAACACUACUGCUGUUGUCCAUUUCUAACAGACAAACAUGUCAACAUUGGAAUGCUAUGCUAGCAGUAGGAGUUAUUGAUUGACAGGUCAUGACUUUUUUUCCUUCCUCUGAUAAUUAGGUCAUAUUGCAACUUGUCGUUUUAUGUCACAAUAUUCCGGCGUCUUCAUUCGUCACCGAAGAUCCUGUCCUGUUUUCUUUGCCUGCUAUGUCAGCUUUGGUCUGGUACUGUCUGCUCAAUCAGGACCCCCCCACCCCCCGCCCCCCAACCCAUGACAGGAAGUAGCCGACUAAUAAAGCAGGCCAGU